AUGUCCACUUCAGAACAGGCAGACCUCGCCGUGAGGGAGAAACCAGGUGACAUCGACUUCGAAGCCAGUCAGCAAGCAAAAAAGCAGAAACAAGAGAAGAAGAAGGACAAGCCAGUAGGCAAAGCCGAAGCCAAUCUACCAGGCAAAGUUGGUGGUGGUGGAAAGAAAAAGAAAAUGGAAGGAGCUGCAUUAAUAGGUAUUGAUGUCGCGAAAGAGGACGACUUCUCAGAAUGGUACCAGCAGGUCUUGACAAAGGGCGACAUGCUCGAUUACUAUGACAUCUCUGGCUGCUACAUCCUCAAGCCUGCCUCUCAAUUCGUGUGGGACGAGGUUCGAGCCUGGUUCGACGCAAAGAUCAAGCAGAUGGGUGUCAAGAAUUGCUCCUUCCCCUUGUUUGUUUCGGAAGACGUCCUAAAUAAAGAGAAGUCACACAUUGAGGGCUUCGCCGCCGAAGUUGCUUGGGUCACACAUGGUGGUAGCACUAAGCUCGAGAAGAAGAUCGCCAUCCGUCCUACCUCCGAGACUGUCAUGUACCCAUACUACGCCAAAUGGAUUCAGAGUUACCGGGAUCUUCCCUUGAAGCUGAACCAGUGGAACUCGGUCGUCAGAUGGGAGUUCAAGCACCCUCAACCAUUUCUGCGAACGAGAGAAUUUCAUUGGCAGGAAGGGCAUACAGCGCACUUGACCAAAGCGGAAGCUGACAAGGAGGUCUUAGAGAUUCUCGAGCACUAUGCUCACGUCUACGAGCAGCUGUUAGCUGUUCCCGUCAUGCGUGGCAAGAAGACCGACAAGGAGAGAUUUGCGGGUGGUCUGUACACUACUACUGUCGAAGGCUACAUUCCAACCACAGGAAGAGGUAUCCAGGGAGGUCAGAAUUUCAGCAAGAUGUUCGGCAUCACCGUACAAGAUCCAGCCACCAAACCAGACGAGAAGAAGGAUCCUCUCUUCGUGUGGCAGAACUCCUGGGGCUUGUCUACGCGUGUUAUUGGUGUUAUGGUCAUGAUUCAUGGCGACAACCGAGGUCUUGUCAUGCCUCCAAGAAUCGCUGAGGUCCAGGUGGUCAUCGUUCCAGUCGGCGUAACGGCAAAGAUGGGCGAGGAGGACAGACAAACACUAUACAAGGAGAUUGAAGGCCUACAAGCGGUUCUGCGUGCAGUCGGCGUCCGUUGCGAGGCAGAUUUCAGAGACGGCUAUUCUCCAGGUUGGAAAUUUAAUGACUGGGAGCUCAAAGGUGUUCCCCUGAGGCUUGAGUUCGGCCCAGGAGAAAGCAAGGGUCACUUUGUGACCACCUCACGAAGAGAUUUGCCCAAGGAGGAUAGCAAAGGACAAAUCGCCAUUACAGAACUGAAUACCCAAAUUCCAGAACUCCUCGAGAAGAUUCAAGCUGAUCUGUAUGCACGAGCCGACGAAAAAUUUAAAUCUCAUGUCAAGCACAUCACGAACUGGGACGACUUCGUUCCUGCAUUGAACGACAAGAAUGUUUGCUUGAUCCCCCACUGUUUGACUGAGGAAUGCGAGGACCAGAUCAAGGAUCUCAGUGCAAGGAAAGCAGAAGAACAAAGUGGUGUGCCUCAAGAUGAGCGUGCUCCAAGUAUGGGUGCAAAGAGCUUGUGUAUUCCUUUCGAUCAGCCAGCGGGUGUUGAGAAGGGCGUCACCAAAUGCACAAACCCUCAAUGUAGCAAGACUGCUGAGGCGUGGUGCCUGUUCGGACGAUCCUAUUAA